AUGCAUCAAGUUUUGCCCCUCAUUGAUGCUUUGGUAGACUUGGAAAGUUCAGCUGAAAUUCAUGCCCAGACAAUGAGAUCAGCUUUGCUGCAUCUCAUUACUAGGGAGCCUGAGCUGAAUACCAGCGACUACAAUGGUAGUGUCUUUGUAAAUCUGAGAGCUGACAGGAUUUCAGUGGUACUGCACCAUGUCAGAAGGGUGGUAAGGGCAAAGACAAUGCCCAGCAGUGUCAUUGGUAGCCUGACAGCUACUCAAUUUAAAGAGCUCAACAAAACCUUGAAAAAGGUGUUGAGAGAUGUGCCCCAGGAAGAUGCCUUGAAAAAGGAUGAGGGCCAGAAAGCUGGAAGCAGUAAAGACACCUUGAAAAAGGUGCCGCAGGGAAAUGCCUUGAAAAAGGAUGAUGGCCAGAAAGCUGGAAGCAAAGAGACCUUGAAAAAAGUAAGCACAGAGAAAAAGAACACAGUCUUGAAAAAGGUAAAGAAGGAAAUUUUGAAGAAAAAAGAGAGAACCUUGAAAAAGGGCGACAGUCCCUUGAAAAAGGAAGCUGUAGAAAAUGCCAUUGUGCCAAAGGGAAGGUCAUUAAAGGCCAGAGUGAGUGAUGUCUCCCUGGACUCUGAUGGCUUCCCCAAGGUUUUGGCCAGCCCACAGAAAGGGGCAAGCCCACCAAGGUUGUGGAAGAAAAAGAGGGGCAACUUUCAGCCACAAGCUUCUGCAGAAGUGCAUGGUGGUUUGAAAGAUGCCAUGGGUGUCUUGAAAAAGCCAUCUGCCAAACAGGCCUCCUUGAAAAAGGAAAAGUCUAAAAAACCAGCCUUGAAAAAGGUUGCUAAGAAUGAAGCCUUGAAAAAGGUUGAAGCCACAGAGAGAAAGCCUUGGGAAAAAAAAAUUAAGACCACUGCCAAGAACCCUGAAAGGUCUUAUUUGACUGGCAGGCAUUCCAAAGAUCAAGACAAAUUCUUGAUUGUAGAGGUGACAAAGAAGAUGAGCCUCCAAUAUAGGUGGAUCAUCGACAGGAUCAAAGACUCACUGGAGAAGGAGCACAUCACCAAGCAUGAGGAGAAGGAAGAUGCCUUGAAAAAGGCAUUGGCUUCUGUGGAGAAGCAGAAAGCUGAAGCUCUUGAAAAAGAGCAUGAGGAGGAGGAAGCCUUGAAAAAGGUUGAGCAUGCCCUGGAUGCCCAUUCUGCCAGAGGGAAGAAUGGGCCCAGGAGCAGGUCUCUGAGCAGGGCUUGCCUCACUAGAAGGGAGGAGGUGGCAAAGAAGGAAGCCCUCAGGGAGAGACUGAGUGUCCACCUGGAGAGGCUGAAGGAGGCCAGUGACCCCAGCAAAAGGGCAGCCUCCAGACCUCCCUUGAAAAAGGGAAAGAACCAGACCCAGGCCUCCAGCUCCUUGAAAAAGGAGGCAGAGAAGCCAUGUGUGGUGCUGGACUGGCACAAUACCCUUGAAAAAGGGAACAAGAUGCCAGAAGCCAGCCUGCAGGCUCUGGAGCAGCUGCUGACUGUUGUGGAUGUCCACAUCAUCAGCUGGGUGGGAUCUGAGGACAGGUUUGAAAAAACCAUGGACCAGAUCCCAAAGCUGCUGGGCUCCACCUUGAAAAAGGUGAAGUCCUACAGGUGCACCUAUGCCUUCACUGGGCAUGACUCCAAAGUGGACUGGGCAUGCCACUUUGGAGCCCUGUGCAUCAUGGAUGACAACUCAGAGGUCAUCAAUGAGGCCAACUCCUGGGGCCUCAAGGCCUACCAAAUUGGUAGGGGGGGCUACUGGCAGCUUGCAGAUGCAGUAGCUCAGGUCAUGGUGGACCUGCCUGGUCUGAAGCCAUGGACUGAGGAGGAAGUCAAGCAGAAAGGAUCCUUGAAAAAGGACCAGGGAGGAUCCUUGAAAAAGGACCAGGAAGGAUCCUUGAAAAAGGACCAGACACUGAAUAAGGGCAACUUGAAAAAGUUGGGGGGGCUAAGCCUGAAGGAUAAAAUCCUGAAGGCAGCUGAAGAGCACCCAGAUAAUGAGGAGACCCAAGCCCUGGUGCUUCAGGAAUCCAUGUCAGCUGUUGACAAAAGCAAUGCAUGGAACCAGCACCAAGUCCACUUGAAAAAGAAGGGCAAUGAAUCCUUGAAAAAGGAGUUCGAUGAGAUGGACAAGAAGGGCAAGGGGCUGAGCACUGCUUUGUUCUUGCUGAAGAAGAACAAAAGCUUGUUUGCCAGUGUCUCCAAGGGUGUCAGCCAGGAAGUCUCCUUGAAAAAGAGAGAGAAAUGGCUGACCCAGAAGGAAGUGGAUGCCAAGUGGACUGAUCAGGAACUUGAAGUCCACUUGGCAUCAGGUCGGCUGAUCUACAGAGAAGCUGGCCACAAUGUCUGGGAAUACCAGGACACCCAGGACAUUGAGAAGACUGUUGCAGGUAAGAGGCCCCUGCAAUACCAGUUUGGGCAGGAGUAUGAGCUGGAGGAAGUGGAUGAGGCAGAGUGGUGCAAAAUGUUGGAAAAGGAUUUGCGCAGCAUUUUGCUGGGAGGCCUUGAAAAAGGCAAAGGCUCUGCCAAGGGCUCUGGCCUUGAGAAAGGCAAAGGCAAAGGUAAAGCCAGGGCCAAGCCCAAGCCCCAGCCCCUUGAGGAUGCUGAUGAGGAGCCAAUGGACCUGGCAACUGCCUUGAAAAAGGCAAAGAAGACCAGGGACAUGCUCACCAGCACCUCCAGCAACUUUGAGGAAGCCUUGAAAAAGGUGGAAAAGAGCCCUUACCUGAGCAAGCAAUCCUUCAAGGACAAGCAAGGUGUUCUGGAUGGCCUCCAUGAAAUGGUGAAGAAAACCAAAAAACUCCUUGAAAAAGGAUUAAAGAACAAAGUGGAGGUUCUGAAGGAGCACAUCCUGGAGGCAUGUGCUUGCAUGAAGGAUGCCAAGGAGGAAGCCAAAGAGCUUGUACAGAUUAGCUUUAAAGCUGUGAGCAAGGCUGCUUCCUCCAAGGCCAAGAAAUGA